AGCCAUUGAAAUAAAGUUCUUGGGAAAAUCUGAGGUUAGAUGGUCUGAACAUUAUACCAGAAGGACAGGGAAACGCAGACAACGCAGAACGAGAAUCUAUUCCUCUCAGGAAAUAUAUUUGGACAAUACUAUCUGCGUUCUCGGAGGGAAAGAUGGUGACGUAAAGUUACCUCCUGGAGUGUAUACACACCACUUCGCUAUAGUUUUGCCUCAAACAUUGCCAUCGUCAUUUGAAGGAACUAAUGGCUAUGUGCGAUAUACUGUAAAGGCCAAAAUUGUUCGCCCUUGGAGAUUCAACCACGAAAGCAAAACGGCUUACACUGUUUUAAACGUUUUGGAUUUAAAUAACGUUGCAAAUGUACAGGCACCGAUAACGGCGUCGGAGGAGAAGACGCUGUGUUGCUGGUUCUGUCGUUCGGGUCCCAUCACGCUGGUCGCUUCGAUGCCCUUCACAGGCUACGUGCCAGGCCAGCGGGUGCAGAUGCUACUAGAGGUGGACAACAAGUCCUCCUCUCAAGUCACCGUUAAAUGCAACCUCGUUCAGAAAGUAUUAUUUACGGGAACAUCUAAUUCUGGCACUAAAAUUUUGGAGGACAGGAGCAUAAUUGAAACGGAACAAUUUGGUGUUGUAGAGAAAAAGGGUUCCAAGAAUUUUCAGUCACGCCUGGUCAUUCCACCUCUUCCAGCAUCAUUUCUGGUGCAUUGCAAUUGCAUCGAUAUUAGAUACUCUAUUGAAAUUGUAGGAGCAAUCCCUGGUAUGCACAUAGACGCCACUCUUGAAGUUCCAAUAGUGAUUGGGGUGAUUCCUUUGAGAAAUCAUUUCCAAUCUAUUCUGGCUACAGACAUGCAAGUUCCCUCUACAUCUGGGGCUACAGCAACCUACAUCUUGCCUUCAGCACCACCUGGUUACGAUUAUCCUGAACUACCUCCUCCUUCGUACGAAGAGAGCCUCGCUUGCAAAGUGGACAUUCACAGCGACGACGACAGCAAAGAUCUGCAGGGGAACACGGAUUUCGCGCCUCGAUACCCCAUGUAUCGAUUCCAAUGAAGAUUUUUAUUUAUUAGUUUUAUGUCGCUGAGCAACUUCAUGGUCAUAAGCGAUCACAAUCUGUUUUACAAUUUUACAUUAUAAGAGAAUUUACAUUUGACAACGCCAUUUCCAAAGACAACUAUUUUCCGGGGAAGAGACUCUUCCUAUAUUUUCUCAUGUCCAAAUCCUAAGAGAUUAUCAAGAAUCUCAAAGUUUGUAAUAAUUGGAAUCCUUCAUAGAUAAUAAUAUUUAUUUUUGAAAUAUGAGUUGGAUGCAUCUGAAGAACCAGCAAUGAGGGCCACUACGUUCGUUACGUCAAAAUCACAUUUAAAUAGGUUAGUGUAGGGUCUCCGACAUUUUUAAAGUGGUUAUCAAUUUUAUGUUGAAGUUGUGACCAGACUGAUUGGCUGCGGUUCAGCUGAAUGAACAGUUGUAGAUGAUUUUUCUGCACCGACAGCAGUCUCCUCAGACGUGAGGGAGCAAGGGUCGUAAAUGCCUCCUGGUCGGCUACUGCUUCAGCGAUUUCAGCAUUUACGCCUAUUGUGAAAGCUUGUAUUGUUUUAUAAAGUUUGGAAGUAUUUUCAUAUUUAUCAAUUUGAGAUUAUUUAAUUUCAUUGUUUCUUUAAAAAUAAAAA